GUGGUGGUCGUCGUCGACUCGCCCGCACGCACACGCCCGCGGCCGAGCCACUCUUCUCCGCACGCGGUGCCCGUCUGCUACUCUGCCGUGUUGGCCGCCGCGCCCACCUUUCCUCCCCCGCCCCUUUCCGCUAAAGCCGCCGUGUUCAUCGCGUCGGCGACCUACCUACCUACCCUCCUUACUCCGAACUCAGGCAGGCUCUCGUCUCUUCUUCCUCCCUCCUCCCUCUCUCGCCCCAAGCCCUAAAUGGCGGCGCAGGGGAUCGCGGAGGCGGUGCAGGCCUACACGGGCCUCUCCCCGGCGGCGGCCGUCACCAUCCUGGCCCUCAUGCUCGCCACCUACCUCCUCGUGUCCUCCCUGUUCGUCGCCCCGGACGCCGCGCCCCCCAAGCCGCCUCCGCAGCGGAAGGAGGAAGAGCAGCAGCAGCAGCAGGAGGAGGAGGAGGCGGGGGCGUUUGUGCCUUAUCCGGACCCUGUACAGGUGGGCGAGAUCACGCUCGAGCAGCUCGCGGCCUACGACGGCAAGGACCCCGCGAAGCCGAUCCUCAUCGCCAUCCGCGGCCAGGUCUACGACGUCACGCGCGGGAGGCUCUUUUAUGGUCCUCAAGGACCAUAUUCCUUGUUUGCUGGGAGGGAUGCAACUCGGGCCCUUGCAUUGAUGUCGUUUGACCCUAUUGACCUCACUGGAGAUUUGGAUGGCCUUGGUCCAGACGAGCUAGAGGUCUUGCAAGAUUGGGAAGAUAAGUUUAAAGAGCGGUAUCCUACGGUGGGCCACCUUGCUUCAGAAAAUGCAGCGGAUGGUAACCACGGUGGCGCAGCUUGAUCACGAGGAAGGAAUGCUUUACUCCAUCGGUUUGUCAGUUUCUCUGUUCUUUUUUACUGGAUUGCAAGUGGGUAGAUCUGAUCAUAUGAUGCUCUGGUAGGCUCUGUUGCUUGUGUGCUGUUGUCGUGCGUGACUAAUGUACCAGCUUUCCCCAUCUGCUUUUAUUUUGGUUUGCAGUGGAUGAGGAGGAAAUUUUGAGCGACUUGACUAAAAACUUGAGCUGUGACUCUCUUGAGUGCUCAGACCAUGUGUAUAUGCUUUCAAGUUUAUGCCAUAAUUUGCGGCUUACUUCUCGCAAGUCGCAACAAUUAUCUUGCUGGCAGCUAAAGCA